AUGCCAUUCUCAUGCAUUCCAUUCUUUGCUUGUAAUCGGCAAAUUGAUGUGCUUGAUCGUCGACAAUGCAAUCUGCAGUCUGUUCCGAACGAUAUCGAUCGAAAUUUGCGUACACUUGAAGAGGCUUACCUCGAUUGCAAUCAUAUCAAGGAUCUUGAAAAGCCGUUAUUCCGAUGUCGACGACUGAAAACGUUGAGUCUGAGUGAGAACGAAAUAAUUCGUGUGCCUGCGGAUGUCGCCAAUCUCAUUUGCCUUGAAGAAUUGAAUCUGAAAGGAAACGACAUAUCCGAUCUUCCUGAGGAAAUCAAAGAAUGUACCCAACUCAAAAUUCUCGAUCUCAGCUCGAACCCAAUCACAAGGCUACCACCGACAAUAACAUUACUAACAUCAAUGACGCAUCUGUCAUUAAAUGACAUCUCAUUAACUCAAAUGCCAUUAGAUAUAGGUCGUUUAAUGAAUCUGCGAUCACUAGAAGUUCGUGAGAAUUUACUGCGAACAAUACCGCCGUCAAUUAGUCAGUUAAGUCAGUUGCAACGACUCGAUCUUGGACAUAAUGAACUUGAUGAUCUUCCACCCGAAGUGGGACAGUUAUCGAAUCUGCAAGAG